AUGUGCUGGAACCUCAACAAUGAGGAGAUUCAGAUCGCUGGUUGCCGCGUUAUCCGCAACCUGUCCAUCCUGGAGGAAGAAAAAGUUUCGGUCUGUCGACACGGAGGGGUCAAGUCGGUGGUCAACGCGAUGAAGAACCACACCAAGAGCACCCGAGUUCAAAUCCAAGGGUGUGCAGCUCUCAUGAAUAUCGCCGGGAACAGCAACAGCAGCGUCCCCGACUCCAUCAUGCACAAGGUUCACGAGGUGGUAGGAGGGAGCAACGCGAUCGAGGUGGUAGUGGACGCCAUGAGGUCGCACAGGGACAAUGAGGAAGUUCAGAUCCAUGGCAUCGCGGCGAUCCGAAACCUUGCAUGGAGCCAGAAGCUGAAGCUGAUGAUCGCGCCGGCAGGAGGUAUCGAGGAAGUGAUCUCUGCGAUGAGGAACUUCCCUCUCAACAGUCAGAUCCAAGUGCACGGGUGUGCAGCUGUCAAGAAUCUUUCAUCCAACGCUGUUGAGAACAAGAAGAGGAUCGGGGAAGAGGGAGGCAUCGCCGCCAUGCUGAGCACUCUAGAGCUCCAUGUGCAGAACCAGGACGUGAUGAUGCAAGCUUGUGCGGCGCUAAGAAACCUCGCCAGCUUGGAGCAGAACAAACAAACUCUGAAAGAGCUGGGGGGAAGCAAGGUGACGAUGAUGUUUGUGCUUUUGAGAUGA